AUGGCCUCUCUCUCUCUUCUUUCCUCCUUCAUCUGCGUCUUCUCCUUCCUCCUCCUCUGCUCUUCUUGCUCCUCCGCCAGGACGGCGCCGUCGUCUGCGGCGGUGCAGGACCCGGAGCUCGUCGUUCAGGAGGUCAUCAGGUAGUGAUCCAUUUCUCUAAUGCGUCAUCAGGGGAAGGUCCUCAUUCUUCGUCUCAAACAAAGCUUCCCCUUUUGGCCUCCGCAGGAGCAUCAAUGCCUCGGUGGCGCGGCGGCGGCGACUGGCGGAGCUCUCCUGCAACACCGGCAACCCCAUCGACGACUGCUGGCGGUGCGACCCCAACUGGGAGCAGAACCGGCAGCAGCUUGCCGACUGCGCCAUCGGCUUCGGCAAGAACGCCAUGGGCGGCAAGAACGGGAAGAUCUACGUCGUCACCGACCCCAGCGACGACGACGUGGUCACCCCAAAACCAGGCACCCUCCGGUACGCCGUCAUUCAAAAAGAGCCCCUUUGGAUCAUCUUCGCCCACGACAUGACCAUCAAGCUCAAGGAGGAGCUCAUCAUGAACUCCUACAAGACCAUCGACGGCCGAGGCUCCACCGUGCACAUCGCCGGCGGGCCCUGCAUCACCGUGCAAUACGUGACCAACGUCAUCAUCCAUGGGCUUAACAUCCACGACUGUAAGCAGGGGGGGAACACCUACGUGAGGGACAGUCCCAAUCACUACGGGUGGAGAACUCUCUCUGACGGCGAUGGUGUCUCCAUAUUCGGGGGGAGCCACAUCUGGGUCGACCACAAUACGCUCUACAACUGCCAGGAUGGGCUCGUCGACGCUAUUCACGGCUCGACGGCGAUCACCAUCUCCAAUAACCAUUUCAGCCGCCACGACAAGGUGAUGCUGCUCGGGCACAGCGACAGCUACAGCGCAGACAAGAACAUGCAGGUCACCAUCGCCUUCAACCACUUCGGGGAGGGACUCGUCCAGCGGAUGCCCAGGUGGGUCGUCGAGCUUUGGCCAUGGACGAAGAGAGAGAGAGGCGGCGGUGGCUGAACCUUCUUCUUCGAAAUGCAGGUGUAGGCUCGGGUACUUCCAUGUUGUGAACAACGACUACACGCACUGGGAGAUGUACGCCGUCGGCGGCAGCGGCAACCCCACCAUCAACAGCCAAGGGAACCGCUUCCUCGCCCCCAACAAACGCUUCAGCAAGGAGGUAAGUCAAGUCUCUACUCCGAUCGUCUCCGCAUAGUUCCUUCCGAUUGUUUGAUUGAGGAGUUUUUGACUGAUGGGUGCUGGAAAUAGGUGACGAAGCGCGAAGAUGCCCCAGAGAACCAGUGGAGGAGCUGGAACUGGAGAUCAGAAGGGGACCUGUUCCUCAAUGGUGCCUACUUCACUCCCUCCGGUGUCGGUGCUUCCUCCACCUACGCCAGAGCCUCUAGCUUGGGUGCCAGAUCCUCCUCCCUCGUCGGCAUGAUCACCGCUCGCGCAGGAGCCCUCGACUGCAGCAAGGGCUCCCGCUGCUGA